UUCUGUUCCUGUUCUUCUUUGCCCAAGAGUGGCAUUACUGGAAGUAAGACAGCCUGCGACACACUACGCUACUCUCCCCUAGGGAAUAGACGCCUGUGAAGCCAUGAAUCAAGGACCUCUGCCCAGAGAAGAAUCAGGCACCAAGGUCUCCUUUGGCCUGUCGGACUUCACCGUCAACACAGCCUGGAGUGCCUCCAUCACCAGCCCCCCUGGGGACCCUGUCUCUCUGUCCAUCUGUUCCUCCCCUGAUGCCCCCAUCGGUCUCUACUCCCUCAGCCUGGACCUGGGUCACAGUGUUCCCCUGGGCCAGUUCAUCCUGCUCUUCAACCCCUGGUGUGCCCGAGAUGCUGUGUACAUGAGCAGUGAGGAGAAGAGGCAGGAGUAUGUGUUGGCCCAGGAUGGACUGGUCUACAAGGGCUCUUCCACCAGGAUCAAAGCCUAUCCCUGGUUGUUUGGACAGUUUGAGACGGGCAUCCUGGACAUUUGUCUGAGGAUCCUGGAUGAGAAUCCCAAGUUUGUGUCGGAUGCAGACAAGGACUGUUCUGCCAGGAGGAACCCUGUCUAUGUGACCAGGGUGAUCAGUGCCAUGGUCAACAGUCAGGAUGACCGUGGGGUGCUGGUGGGCCAGUGGGGCGGAGACUACUCUGAUGGGGUGCGUCCAACUCGCUGGACAGGAAGUGGUGCCAUUCUGAGACAGUGGGCUGAGGGAGGGAGUGUCCGCUAUGGACAGUGUUGGGUGUUUGCAUCGGUUGCCUGCACAGUCUCCCGGGCUCUGGGAAUCCCCUGCCGCGUAGUCACUAACUUUGGAUCAGCUCACGACAAGAACGCCAACCUGCUGAUUGAGUUCCUGUAUGACGAGGACGGAGAGGACAUCUCAGCUGAGUCUGUCUGGAACUUCCAUGUGUGGGUGGACAACUGGAUGGUCCGUGCUGACCUGAGCCCAGAGUACAGUGGCUGGCAGGCCAGCGACCCCACACCCCAAGAGAAGAGUGAGGAUGUGUACUGCUGUGGUCCCGUCCCCCUGAAGGGGUUGAGAGAGGGGGAUCUGACCGUGAAGUACGACGCUCCGUUCGUGUUCGCGGAGGUGAACGCCGAUGUGGUGGAGUACGUCCGCCUGACAGACGGGCGCAUGGCCAGGAUGGGCGGCUCCACCGCCAACGUGGGGCACCACAUCAGUACCAAGGCUGUGGGCAGCGACGAGAGGCACGACAUCACACACCAGUACAAGUACUCCGAAGGCUCGGAGGAGGAGAGGCGGGUCUUCCAGAAGGCCAAGCACCACAACAAGCUUCUGCAGAAGGGGGAGGAGCCUGGCCUGCACAUCAAGAUCAAGCUCCCCCCAAACAUGCUCGUGGGCGGGGAUUAUGACGUAUCGGCGCGCGUCGUCAACAACCAAAUGGAGGACAAGACGUGCCGCUUCCUGUUCACGGCACGCACCGUGUCGUACGACGGCAAGCUGGGCGCCGUCUGCGGUCACGCCUACGAGUCUAACCUGAAGGUCCUGAGUGGAGAGGAGAAGAGUGUUGUGCUGCGGCUGGAGUACUCGGUGUACGGUGAGAACUUGACCUCUGACAAACAGAUCCUGCUGAAAGCCAUCGUCAUCGAUCAGGCCGGCAUGGACUUCCACAAGACCCAGAAGACUGUUGUCCUGGAUAACCCAGACAUAAACAUACAUAUCCUGGGAGAACCCAGAGUGGGUCAACUUCUGAGUGCUGAAGUGUCUCUCCAGAACCCUCUCCCAGAAGCCCUGCAGAACUGCUGCUUCUCCCUGGAGGGAGCAGGUCUCACCGGAGCACACACCAUCACACACAUGGUUGGAACUCUGGGUCCUCAACAAGAAGCCAAGGUCAAAGUUGACUUCAUUCCCACCAACGUUGGGCUCCACAAGCUCCUGGUGGACUUUGACAGUGACAAACUGAGCAACGUCAAAGGGUUCCUGAACAUUGAUGUCAAGGAGUGAUAUUCAAAUGACAGAUUGAACAAACCAUACUUACCAGUCUGACGUCCCUCAUAACCAUUUUUAUUUUAUUCAGCUGAGCUGUCACAUUACUAGACGUAAUAAAUAAUAAAAGUCAGCCCACACAC